CUCUUUCAUCGUAGUGACAGAUUUUCAGUCCGAGCAAAACUUGGGUCAGUAUGCAGCCACAUGCAGAAAAUUCCACCCUUAUCCUUUUCGUUGUAGUUUAUUUGAGUUUCUUCCUUGAUAAUGUGCUUCUGACUGUCGUUGUGCCCAUAAUUCCCGAUUAUCUUUUUUCCAACGAUAUAAAAUCGAAGGAAAAUACAACCACUUUCCACGGUUUAACAUCCCUCAGCCCUCUCCAAAGGAAAUACGAGGGUUUGGACAACGAGAAUGGAGUACUGGGUGCUUUGCUGGCAUCGAAAGCUUUUGUCCAAUUGCUGUUCACCCCUUUUGUUGGAUAUGCCGUUACAAAAGUUGGGAGUUUCCUACCCAUGCUGCUUGGUUCAUGUAACAUACUUCUGGCAUCUCUGCUGUUUGCUUAUGGAAAAUCUUAUGGUUCCUUGGUGCUUGCAAGAGCACUUCACGGUAGUUCAUCAGCGGCUGUAUCAGUCAGUGGAAUGUCCCUCUUAGCCAAACACGUUCCAGUUGAGCUUAGACCAAAACUGAUGCCUGUAGCUUUUGGAGGAAUAGCUCUAGGAGUUCUGUUAGGGUAUCCAUUUGGAGGAGUUGCCUACCAGGGUCUGGGAAAACAAGCCCCCUUCAUUUUUAUUUCAUUGGUUAUAAGUUUGAAUAUAGGUCUCCAACUCAACCUCAUGAGUAGAAAUGACUCAGAAGAAACACCCGAUGAGACUGAAUCUCUUCCUGAGACCUUGGGAGUCACUGAUCUCCUCAGAGAUAAGAAGAUUUUGAUCUCUACUGGAGCUAUAUGUAUCAGCACCACCACAAUGGCUGUACUGGAACCUUGCGUGCCAUUAUGGUUGAUGAGGCAUUUCGACCCACCACCACCAAGGUGGGUACUUGGUGCCGUGUUCAUACCUGAUAGUAUUGGAUAUUUCCUUGGUUCGCACUUUGGGGGUCUCCUUCCCAUGGAAAGUUGGAGGGUUAGUUUGGCCGCUAUGCUCAUUGGUGGUCUGAGCUCAUACGGCCUAUCUUUAGCAAACUCCAUACCCCAACUUUUUCUUCCUCAUUUUGGCAUAGGCCUCAGUGUUGGUGUGGUUGACGCUAUUUUGGUCCCAUACUUGGCGACUGUGAUAGAAAGUAGAGGAAGUACAAAGUAUGGUCCUGUUUACACCUUGCAGCAGGUAGCUGUAAGCCUGGCGUAUUCUUUCGGACCACUUCUGGGAGGCGAGGCAGUUAAUUUGAUAGGGUUCUCUUGGUUGAUGAAGAUUAUUGGAUUGCUAAAUGUAAUUUUUUGCCCUCUUAUGGUUGAACUAGAGGAUGGCUCGAACGACAGGAAGGUGAGGUGUAUGGAUUCUAGUACUCAAAAAGGAAGAAAUAAAUUCAAUAUUUUCAGGAAGGUAUGGUUCUUUUGAGUAACGAGAGUGACACUGGGACCACUUACUCAAGUUUCAGA